AUGGCGCGGGCCUGUUUGAUUCAAAGGUUGCCUAUAAAGUGGGCCUGCAGGCUGGUUCUUGUCCGAGGGCUGUCGCGUCCGAGUGCCGCUAUGGCUUUGCUGUCCGAGGGCCUGGACGAACUGCCGGCUGCCUGCCUGUCUCCGUGCGGGCCGCCCAACCCGGCCGAGCUGUUCAGCGAGUCACGGCGCUUAGAGGAAAAGGACGCUCUGCGCCAGCAGCUCCGCUCGGCGCGAGAGGUGAUUGCAGUGGUAAUGGACGUGUUCACAGACAUCGACAUCUUCAGAGACCUUCAAGAAAUAUGCAGGAAACAGGGAGUCGCUGUGUAUAUCCUUCUGGACCAGGCUCUCCUCUCUCAGUUCUUGGAUAUGUGCAUGGAUCUGAAAGUUCAUCCUGAACAGGAAAAGCUGAUGACAGUUCGGACUAUCACAGGAAAUAUCUACUAUGCAAGGUCAGGAACUAAAAUUAUUGGGAAGGUUCACGAAAAGUUCACGUUGAUUGAUGGCAUCCGCGUGGCAACAGGCUCCUACAGUUUUACAUGGACAGAUGGCAAAUUAAACAGCAGUAACUUGGUAAUUCUGUCUGGCCAAGUGGUUGAACACUUUGAUCUGGAGUUCCGAAUCCUGUAUGCCCAGUCCAAGCCCAUCAGCCCCAAACUCCUGUCUCACUUCCAGAGCAGCAACAAGUUUGAUCACCUCACCGACCGAAAACCACAGUCUAAGGAGCUCACCCUAGGCAACCUGCUGCGGAUGCGGCUGGCUAGGCUCUCAAGUACUCCCAGGAAGGCGGACCUGGACCCAGAGAUGCCCGCAGAGGGCAAGGCAGAGCGCAAGCCCCAUGACUGUGAGUCCUCCACUGUUAGUGAGGAAGACUACUUCAACAGCCACAGGGACGAGCUCCAGAGCAGAAAGGCCAUUGACGCUGCCACUCAAACAGAGCCAGGAGAGGAGAUGCCAAGGCUGAGUGUGAGUGAGGUGGGAACACAAACCAGCAUCACCACAGCGUGUGCUGGGACCCAGACUGCAGUCACCACCAGGAUAGCAAGCUCUCAAACCAUGGUUUGGUCCAGGUCGACCACCACUCAGACUGACAUGGAUGAGAACAUUCUCUUUCCUCAAGGAACUCAAUCUACGGAAGGGUCACCAGUCUCAAAAAUGUCUGUAUCAAGAUCUUCCAGUUUGAAGUCUUCCUCCUCUGUGUCUUCCCAAGGCUCUGUGGCAAGCUCCACUGGCUCUCCCGCUUCCAUCAGAGCCACUGACUUCCACAAUCCUGGCUAUCCCAAGUACCUGGGCACCCCCCACAUGGAACUGUACUUGAGUGACUCACUUAGAAACUUGAACAAAGAGCGGCAAUUCCACUUCGCUGGUAUCAGGUCCCGGCUCAACCACAUGCUGGCUAUGCUGUCAAGGAGAACACUCUUUACUGAAAACCACUUUGGCCUUCAUUCUGGCAAUUUCAGCAGAGUUAAUUUGCUUGCUAUUAGAGAUGCAGCACUUUAUCCUUCCUAUCAGUAACUACUCCGUGUUCAGACUCCUGGUUUCUUCCAGGCUUACAGUGGACAUCAUCAGCUUCCUGCUUUAAAAAAUAUCUUAUGUCCCUAAUUGCCUUUCUUUUACCUGACUUUGUCACCUUUGUUGUCUUUGAAUUCUAUAGGCUGCAUAUUCUUUUACGUGCUUUGUUUUGUUUUUGUCAUGUAUGUACCAGGUAUUGGUUUUAUGGUUUAAACACUAUGGAUACAGGUUUAUUUUUUUUUUCUUGUUUUUUUUUUUUUGCACAAUUUUAAUAGUCAUGCACUACAUAAUGAUGUUUCAGUCAACGACAGACCACGUAUAUGAUGGCAGUCCCGUAAGAUUAUAAUACCGUAUUUUUACUAUACCUUUUCUAUGUUUAGAUACAAAUACCAUUAUGUUACAGUUGCCUACAGUAUUCAGUGCAGUAACAUGAUGUACACGUUU